AUGACUGAAACAAUAAACCCUAGACACUUCUUCUCCGUUUCAUUUGUUUCCAAGCUAAAUCACACGAUUCAUGUGUUAUCUCCGGCGACGGCAGCGAACGGGAAAAGUUGUAUCGCGUUAGCGGCGGAUGAAACGGCGGCGGUUCACACACAGCUUUGGGGAGAGGAGUGCGAUGCGUUCGAGACAGGCGAUAUCGUGAAGCUCACCAACGGGAUAUUCUCGUACGUGCGAAGCAGUGGGCUGGUUCUCAGAAGAUGGGUGAGUUCACGAUUGCGUUUGUCGAAACGCCAAACGUUAGUGAGAUCCAAUGGAAUCCCAAACGCUAUAUUCAGAACGGUGCCGUUUCAGCUUAUUCCCGCGUUUUUCCUCCUUUGCCUUGAAUAA